CUUGGGGAACAUCAACAGAAAACAAUAUUACUUUAUUAUUACUGGACUUUCAGAGAUGGCACUGUCUUUUCGACGCAGGUGUUUGCUUUUGCUGUGUUUGACAGCUAUCCAGAGUGGUCAUACUGCCGUUCAGACGUGCAUGGAUAAGCACCAGGUGGUUGGGGUGCUUCGUCAAAUGGAGAAGUUUCUAAAAGGCCAGGAGAUGCGGUUUACAGAGGGCCUCAGGAUCAUGAAGUCGAAGCUGGCGACGCUUCAGAACUCUGUCUCCAAGUUACCUCAAGCCGACCAGUCAGUCACUCCCACCACCUGCCCCUCUCUGGAAGCCCCUGCUCAUGGAACCAAGUUUGGCUCAAAGUAUUUUGUUGGACAUGAGGUCCAUUUCACUUGUUCCCAGGGCUACCAUCUUGUCGGUUCUGCCAUGCGUGUUUGCCGGGACAACGGCACCUGGACUGGCAUCAGUGCCAUCUGUAAAGAUAUAAGUGAGUGUGCAAGUAAUCCCUGCCAAAAUGGAGGUACCUGUGUGGAAGGUGUUAACCAGUACAAAUGCACCUGCCCCCAGAACUGGAGUGGCUCUCACUGUCAGCACCAAACCCAGACAGCACCACCUGAGUGGAGUGUUAUGAAUGAUCCAGCCUUCAGCCGGAGACCUCGCUGUGCCCAAGUGAACCGAGCCCAACACUGCAGCUGUGAUGCAGGCUUUCACAUGAGUGGCACCUCUGACAAUAGUAUCUGUCAGGAUGUAAAUGAGUGUGAAGUGUACCGGCUGGACCAAGGAGGGAAGCUGUGUGUCCACGAGUGUGUGAAUGUCCCAGGCUCGUACCACUGCUCUUGCCCCAGCGGCUACAAGUUGCUCCCAGAUGGGCGGAGCUGUGAGGAUGUGGACGAAUGUUUAAGCCAGCAGCACAACUGUAGCCGAGGGACAACUUGUAUCAACACGGGGGGAGGCUUUCAGUGUGUCAACCCAGAGUGUCCCCGUUCUCAUGGAAACAUCAGCUACGUCAGGACAUCUUCCUUUCAGUGUGAGAGAAACCCUUGCCCCAUGGACAGCCGCUCCUGCCACCUGGCUCCUAAGACCGUGUCCUUCCACUACCUGUCUCUGCCCUCCAACCUGCAGACUCCUGCCACGCUUUUCCGUAUGGCGACCGCCACCGCCCCAGGUCGCACCGGGCCAGACAGCCUGCGCUUCGGCAUAGUGGGCGGAAACUCCCGAGGCAUCUUUGUCAUGCAGCGUUCAGAUAGACAGACUGGUGAGCUGAUCCUGGUCCAGCAGCUGCGCGGGCCGCAGGAGAUCAGCAUUGAUGUGGACAUGUCUGAGUACAGCGACCGCACCUUUCAGGCCAAGCAUGUCGCCAGGGUCCACGUUCUCGUUUCACCUUACAACUUCUGAGAGCAAGCUUGCGAAGGAGGAAGACUAAAGACGGAGAGGUGAAGAGGAACACGGAAGAGUGUGUAAUGGGCACUGAGUUUUCUGAUACUGCUUUUUCAGCCCCUAUCAGAAAGUAAUUUGUCUGAGUAGCCAAACACAUGCCAGCAUUUGUUCUGUGGCCAAAAGAGUGAGAGUGACAUGACAAUAUUUAACAAUUAUAUUAUGAAUAACAAUAUAUUGCAAAACACAUCAUAGAUGCUUCUUUAAGUAGUGUCAGUAUGAGCUUUGACUGACGAUGUUUGACUGGGUGUGUUUGAAUGAAAACUAGCUAAAACAAAAGCAUAAUGAAUGGGUUGGGAGGGAUGGAUAACUGUUUUUUGUCUUUGCUGUUGCUUGAUGUUUGUAUUAUUAUGUCCAUCAUACAUGUCUGUGUAGCUCAGGGUCAGGCCCUGGGGCUGAUGCACUGCCCUCGCUUUAUUGAUGAUAAAUCCCUAAGACAUUAGUGCUCCUGUGGCUCUAAUUUAUUGGAAAUAUUGUUGCUGGUUUUUACAUUGUAACAUACUGUACACCACGUGUUUAUCUUCUAUCAUAUACUGUAUAUUUGGGGUGUUUUUUGUAAUAGCUUGCCUUGUUUAAGGCACCAUUCAUUAUACUAAAGGAGUUUUUUUAAAACAGUAGAUACAGUACUGUAGUACUGUACCUGGGCAUAUUUCCUCUAUUACUCAUAUUCUGUAUGUUACCCACAAAUAGUCUCAUUAUAUUCUAAAUCAAAGAUGAUCUGGCAAGCUUGCCAAUGCACUUCACAAUUUAUCUGGAAUUUUAAUUGUCUCUACAUAACUGAAAUAAAGUCAGUCCAACAUUUCA